AUGUGUUGCUCCCUGUUCCCCUUUUCCCGUCCAGUGGUCGACAGCUGGCUGGACCUGGCGAAGUUCGUGUCAUCCUCUGGUGCUGGCAAGAAGUCUGCAUUCUCUGAGCUUGCCGAGGCGCUGGGCCGGGAUGUGUACAUCGACAUUAAUGGCUGGCACCUGUUCUUGCGGGACAUCAGCGUGGCGCCCGACCUGAAGAUGAACCACGCCCUGGCCAACCAGCUGGGCUCCAGGCUCGUGAGCGAGAACCUGGGCGACAGCGACAUCGAGGGGCUCCUGCGACAGGUUCCCGUGGUCCUGGGAGGUGGCAAGGUGAAAGUACGCCUGUCCGAUGCGAUGCCCGCAUACUGCAUGCAAGACUUCCUUAAAAUCUGCAGAGAUUUUGCCGACCGGGCCUGA